AGACGGUGAACGUUUGAACUUUUGUAACAACUCAAUUGGUGCGCAUUGUGAGAACACUGGACAGCAAGCAAGAUUCUAGCCACGAGGCAACGAUGCUUGCCUGUGUAUGACGAAACUUCGUUCCUGAAGUGGAUCCCAUCGUAGUCUGGAUCUGACAAACACACCAAACGGGAAUGUUCAGGAGGCAAUCUGGGCACACAUUGCGGACAAGGACUGCGGCAAGUAUAGGAGGCUCUUAAACUGCGGACAAUCGACGGAAGCAAAAGAAAAGAAAGUGUGCACCAGGACGGAUGCGGAGAAGAAAAGACGGAGGGCACGCAAGAAUGCGACUUUCCGCUUGACGUCAGUUGCGUCUUGGAUAGUUUCAUGCUUGUCUAGUUCCACCGACCGGCCACUGACUACACCGCGGAUUCCAUAUUCGUGACCCCGCUCCGUCUACUAUAUAACCCCCUACCGCGCACGUUUACUAUCCAGCUCAUCCGCUUUCCCCCCUCCAACCAAUCCUUACACCCCUGUGUUCUUCUCGCUAUGAAAACUUCUUCAAUUUUGUUGGGCGCACUCCUGCCUGCAGCUGCGAUUGCGCAGAUUGAGCAGAACGAAACGUUCAUUACGGGUCUCUUCCAAACUCUCCAAAACUCAGGCGUCACAAGUCUCUCCGACGUACUUACACAGAUCAAUUCGAGUGAAGUUGGUCAGGGUUUACUGGCGAAUAUUUCAAGUGGUAGCCCGUACCUAUUAUUUGCUCCUAACAACGAUGCCUUGUCGUCUGCACCGGAGAACAUCACUGGUGACGCUGGACUUCUGACUGAUACCAUCGGUUACCACAUCGUUCCAGGUAAUUUCAGCAGUUCCAUCCCCACUUACCCCAACAUCACUAUCGGUCGAACCCUCCUUACGGACCCCAGAUUCGUGCGACUUGAAGGCGGAAACAAAGCCCAAGUCGCCGCAUGGGCUGAGCGUGAAGACGGCCGAACACAUGUGCUCAAUCAGCGCAAUGACUCUACGGUUGUCGACGUCACUUCGUUCGAGAACGUCACCGUGUAUAUCAUCGACCACCUUCUCAUCAUCCCUGAGAACUUCAGUUCGACGAUUCCGACGAACAAUGAAGGGUUGACGGCCAUCGAGACAAUACUGCAGACUGUGCAAACACCCGUAUUUAAUACGUCCACGAACGAGACUGCGAAUGUUACAUUAUUCCAAGCUUUAGACGUAGACUGGCAUGGAUUCACAUUCUUCGCUCCUAGCAACGGUGCUGUUGCGAACGCUUCCAGCAGCUUGGAAAGUUUGGCCGGGAACGAAACCGCCAUUCAGGCCGUUCUGUAUAAUCAUAUCAUCAACGGCACGACUCUAUACUCCCCUCUUCUCGCUAAUCAAAACUUCACGUCUACUGCUGGAGCGACGCUUGCCUUCACCAUCAACGCUACUGGUCAAUACGUGACUUCUGCUAACACUACCGCUCGCAUUCUCCAACCUGAUGUCCUCCUUCCUAAUGGUGUCGUUCAUGUCAUCGACUCGGUUCUAUUGAAUACGGAGGAGGAUCCCGAGGCUGCCAGCUCGGCCAUCGCGUCUGCCACGUCUGUCGCGACUGAAAGCCCAACCGAGACUGAACCCGUCGGGUUUUCCCAAACUGUUUCUCUCGACGCAACCGCUACGGGAGGCGCCGACAGCACCGACGCAACCGGAGAAUCUUCCGGUGCCUUUGUUGUUCCCGGCAGAAAUGCUUUGGUAGGCUUGAGUGUCAGUGCUUUGGCGGUUCUUGUUGGCGCACUUGUCACCUUGGCCUAAACGAGAAGAGGAGGUGUUGGAUUACUACGAAGAUAUUCGGAUGUAAAAUACACGAUUUCUAUUCUCGAAUAGUGAUGUAAAUGCUCUUUCUAAC